UGCUCUCAGGUAAUCGUGAUGCCAGGGCUACCGGCAAUUUAUCCUCGGCUUGUGAAUUUCAUGAUUUCGAUUUCUCCGAGGAUAUCGUGUCGUCACGUAUAUAUAAUCAGGGUUUGCUGUUAGCAAGCUGUUUAUCCCCUUGAUCCGCCCUCCCCCAUUCCCCACGAUUCCCCUCUUUCUGAACUCUCCCGAAAGGUUUCACGGAAUAGGCUUUGUAUUGUUAUGUCUGGGUUAGACCGUCGAACGAGUAACUCUUCACAGACGAGCAAUUCUCCACUCUUGCCGCGCUCCAACGCUGAUGGCACUCAUGGGUGGAGGGAUGUGCUCGAGAACAAGAUGACCUGGGCGUAUGUUUUGACCCUAUGACCUUUGGUAUGCGGUGCUGAUUGGGGAAAGGUGGUACGCGAGCAUCAUGUCCUCCGGGGGUGUGGCCUUGAUACUAUACUCUAUUCCGUACGGGUUUCGCGGUCUCUGGAUUUUGGGUAUGCAUGUAUUCCCUCUGGGAGUCAUUUGUCGGUGUUGAUAUCCAACCAGGAGGAAUAAUCUAUAUCGCUUCAUUGGUUGGCUUCGUUCUUCUUCUGGCAACCCACAUUGUCCGGUUUUUACUCAACCCCAGGCUCAUACGCGCGAGCGCUGCCCACCCAUCGGAAGGGCUCUUCGUCUCCACUUUUGCGGCGGCCCUAGGAAUCCUGAUCAUCGAUGGAGCAACUUAUGCCGAGAAAAUGCACACGGCGCACGGGACCGCGCUCAGGGCUUCAUUCUGGAUUUUCCUCGUUGUAUCCGUUAUCUUUAGCGUUGGGAGUCCAUUGGCGCUGUAUGCCCCUCUCCCCGUUCCCCUCUAACUGCCCCCUGGCUCAGUGGGUUGACUUGCGGACUAUAGAUUUUCGGGGGCACCGCACGCUGAGCAGGUAUGGGUUGUUCCAUUCUCCUCCUUGGUUUUGCUUACUGAUCCCUAGUAGGAGGCUACACCGUUAGCUACGCAGACCGUCCUGCCACUUACGCUCGUCGGCUGUGUGGCGGCUACAGUCGCUGCUCACAUUAGUAUCCACAACCACCACAUCGCCAUGCCGAUAAUCUACAUGGGUAUUGCAGUCCAGGGGAUGGGGAUACUUGUCUCACUGCUCGUAUUACCCCCUACUUCUUCCGCACCUGCCCAUCUAACAUCCCUCAGUCUCUAUCCAGCUUUGUCGACAGGCUUUACCACUGCUCGGUGCCCUCCAUUUCACAGAGACCAUCGAUGUACGUGGCGGUUGGCCCACCCGCCUUCAGCGCACUUUCCUUCGCCCUGCUGGCAGAGCAGUGUCUACGACACUUCCCAGCGGAAAAGACCGCGCCGGGUGGAGCCAAUGAGAUUGUCGGGGGAGUAGCACUUUAUUACAUCCUGCUCACCUUCUCACUCAUGUUCUGGGGCCUGUCGCUGUGGUUCUUUUUGAUCUCGACGUGCAGCACUCUCGCAGUAUUGGGUCAAAUGGGUAUUGGCGUUCAGAAGCUGCAGUUGUUUGCUUUGAUCUUCCCCAAUGGUUAGAAUUUUUAGCAUCCUGGGGGCUACCGCUUACUAACACGGUUACAGUUGGGUUCGCUCUUGCUACCAUUCACUUAUCCAGACUCUUUGGUCACCCGAAAGUGCUCGCAAUCAUCUCCGAGGUGCUAUCGUUGACGGUGGUCGGCGCCUGGGCUAUCGUGGUCCUGGCUACUUGCUACGGAGUUUUGUCGGGAAGGAUCUUUAGGACGGUUUAAAGGGGAUUUGAAAGAAAAAAUUGAUCAGAGAGGGGAGUGCGAUGUGGAGAUGGCUUGUGGUGUAUUUGUACAUAGAUGACUAGUUUUGUCUUCGCACGCCAGGCUUUUUCUGUUCCUUUGUUGCUUGCUUAAUCAUGGAUACUCACUCGCUGAUUCAGGGGGUUUUGUGGAUGGGGUGAUGGUUGAGAUUUGUGAAUGAUUGUGUGAUAUUGUAGCAAUGCUAGUUCAAUACUUCCAUACAUAGUGGACACUAGGCACAACGAGCACUGCCUUAUGGAAUCCUCUGAACUACUGUUUAAUACUACAUAACAAUGGAGACGAGUCAAUAAAAGGUGGGAGUUCGCUAUGCCGGCCGCUCGGUCUAUAGGGAAACAUUGUGCUCCUUAUCUGCUAGAAGUCGUUAUACGGAAGCAUACUUGAAGUACACUCUAGUAGGCAGCCGACUACACAACAGGACCUGACAUGUCCACCCUGCCGAACCAGAUACCUAGAAUCUGCGAGAUUUUUUACCAAGACCGCUUUAACCAUGACCGAAUACUCACCAUGAAUUACCCAUCCCAUCCUGCCCAUACUUAUAACUAGCUAUAAAGUUUCUUGCCGAUAGACUACUCAGAUCUCUGGAACGCAUCAUCUGGGGCAUUAGUUAGGCGACAAGGAAACAUCGGACAGAACACGCCUUCAUCCACCCGGAGUACCUUAUCAGUGAAAUCGCUUCUAUAUCAAUUUCCCCUGCUAGAUUUUUUUCGCCAUCCCCUCGAGUGGGGUUAACUCCGGAUCCGGUCUCGGGAGGGGGGACUUUCUGUCGCGGAGAUUGUUUGGAGAGGGGAUCCCCUCUUGGCACGAACGUAUCUGGUAUCAUUGGAGAGAUUGGGGGAGGGAAAUAAAGGACCUAUGGCUGGUUUGGAUGAAGGGGGGCGUCGUGCUGAGCUUCGCCGCGGGAAGCAGUGGUGACACUGAGUUCCGAGAGAGGGUCAAGAAAACCCGGCGUCUGUUUGUAAGGUGUUGUGAUGGAUUUGUGGAGUAUCGUACUGUACUCGUAGCGUGGGGGGUGGCCAUGAAAGGGCUUUGGAUUUGCUUCUGUGUGUGUGUAAGAAGUGGGGGUGUGUGGGUUAGGCCGAAUGUACUGGUAAAGGUUUUUAGUUUAUGAUAGAUCAAUCUUUUCCAAAUUUUGGGGCGGCGUUGGUGCUCGACUUGUCGGUCGUGGAUAUCGUACGAUGGCGGAAGAUCGGGAAUUUUGUAAUU